AUGGUGUUUGGACAACGCACAGAAAUGAGGGUGCUCGCUAUUUGUUUGGUGCUUUUGGCCGGCUACACAACGGCCGGACAGAUCGUCCGUUACGACAAUUACAGAGUGUACAAGUUGACGCCGCACACACCUCAGGCUCUCAAACAACUCAAAGAGUUGGAACAAUCCGGUUCCGAAUUGGAUUUCUGGAACGAAGUGAGAGGUCUACAUAUGGCCACAGACGUGGUGGUGCCACCCAAGUAUCUCGUCCAAAUCGAGAAUUUCAUUAACAGCUCUCAAAUUGAGUCCGAGUUGAUGAUUGAAAAUGUUCAAAGCCUUAUUGAUCACGAGAACGUCAAAUCUAAAUCGUUGACGCUCGACUGGACUGCUUACUACACUCUGGACGAAAUUAACGCUUGGUUGGAAUCUCUGCAAGAACAAUAUCCCGAUCUUAUCGAAGUCAUAACUGUGGGACGUUCCUACGAAGGUAGAGACAUUAAAGGAGUCAAAUUGUCGUACAGCAAAGCGAACGAAAACAACGCAAUCUUCCUUGAGGCCAACAUCCAUGCCAGAGAAUGGAUCACCUCUGCUGUUUGCACCUAUAUCUUGAACGAACUUUUGACCAGCACCGAUAAAAGAGUCAGAGCUCUAGCUGAAAGUCACGAUUGGUACGUCGUUCCUGUCUUCAAUCCUGACGGUUUCCAGUACACCAAGACUAGUGAUCGUUUGUGGCGUAAAACCCGUGUUCCAUACGGUAUUCUCUGUUACGGUGCCGAUCCCAACAGGAACUGGGGUUACCACUGGAACGAGGGAGGAUCGAGCAGCAACCCUUGCUCGGACACCUACAACGGUCCACAAGCCUUUUCUGAACCUUCGACGAGGACCAUUGCCGAAUACAUCGACACCAUCAGCUCUAAACUCGUCGGUUACAUCGCCUUCCACUCUUACUCUCAGCUCUUGCUCAUUCCUUACGGAUACAGCUCAGAACACUUGGACAACUUCGAUGAACUGGAGGAAAUUGGUCUGAAGGCGGCAGCCAGUUUGGCUCAACGUUACGGCACCAAAUACACCGUAGGAAACAUCGUCGAAACCAUCUACAUUGCCAGUGGCGGCAGCAUGGAUUGGGUGAAAGGUACCUACGGUACUCCAGUGACGUACACCUACGAACUGCGUGACACCGGAAGGUACGGUUUCCUUUUGCCUCCGGAACAAAUCAUUCCAACAGGUGAAGAGACUUUGGACUCGUUGGUCACCAUCUUCGAGGAAUACGAUGCCAAACGUGCCAACAAAAGCAACUAAAAUGUUUUAAACACGACAUUUGCUGAAGGGUUUAAUUAAGGACGUUUACUUUCUUCUACCAAUUUACCAACUCGUAUCAUUUUCUUAAUAAAUUCCUUCAAAUAUGUUUAUGUUAAGAUUCUCAUGUACUUUUAAUGAUAUUUUCAAUACAACAUUUUAAAAAAUGCAAUUAGUUUUAUUAUUAUUAAUAAACAGAAAAUAAUAUUGCGUACUAUGGAAGUACUUGUUGUUA